AUGAACGCGGCAGCCGAGCUGAGCCAUGAGGGACGCGACCUGCUGAUCUACACAGCGCACGAGAUUCUGUGGACCGCCUCGUCGCUGGCGUCGCAGGUCAAAACGACCGAACAACUGCAACAAUACCGACACCUGCUGACGGUGGGCAUCACGUCACUCGAAACGGUCAUCAACGACCGUAACUGUCCACAGAUCACACGCUGCUACACAAUGUACAUUCUGGCGCAGGUUCUGUACUGCGAGACGGCAUGUCUGGACCGAGUUGAGUCGCUACUCAGCAAGGGCAUUGGAAUGGCGAGCCAAAGCGGACUGUGGGACCUGGUUCUGCAGAUGGAAUGUCUCAAUGUACGCGUCCUCAGUAGCACCAACAGAAAGGCCGCGUUGUACCACUGCACCAAAUGUCUCGAAAAGUUCAGCAACAUGCACGAAAACUACUCCUACUACACUCUGCAGAUGUACCAGUUCGACCUGACACUGGACACGAGCCCCCAACAGGCGUUUGAAAUCUCACAGCAGUGGCAAAACCUGCCGGACGGACCACCCAAGUCGUUUCUCGUCCUCUACGGCUUCAUCAAAGCCCUCGAUCUGAACAGACACAACACAGAGAGCAACAUGGCUGUAUUGCAACAACUCAGGCAAGUCGAACAACAAGCCAACCUGUCUUUCUAUGUUCCCCAGGUGACAAUGUUGCGUCUCAUGGUCACUCUCAUGAUCACACUUCAACGAGACCACUUUCAACCUGUCAAGGAGGCCUCCAACGCUCUGGAAGCGUUUUUGGGCCACCUCAACCAACAGGCAGCCAACAAGCCGGACAAGAGCUGGGACAACUGGUACAUUGAUGGUAGUAUUAAGCUGACGGGAGGACACGGAAGCACAUUCAACAUUCAAUGGUUGACACAACAGCAAUGCGUUCAGCUCUCCUAUCUGCUCAUAGCGCUGUCGCGUCUUCGAUACUACAAGACAAAAUCUGCAGCUCGCGAGCUUCUCAAAACGUGCAUUCGACUUACCGAGAGAGACAACGAUACGCAAGCUCCUCUGCAAGCAUCAUCCUUCUCUCACGUAUCCGAUGCAUUGACCCAGCAGCUCAAGCUGCAGUGCACAGCAUACUUGUAUCUGUCGUUGAUCGAGUUCUGCAGCUUGGCAUUCAAGAAGGGCCGUCGAGCGCUCGACAAGUUUGUGUCCCUGUCGAAGAAGCUGCCUGAAAAGGAAGCUGAAGAGCUACAGUCAUUAUCCUGGCUCGUUGCAGGACUAGGCGCACAUGCAGGAGGUCGACCUGAAAACGCUCUCGGGUACUACCGUCGUAUCUCGCCGCAAGACGGAAUCUACUGGGCAGCUAUUGGUAAUAUUUGCAGCCUGGAUCCGUCGGAAGAGAACCUUAAUGCUCUGCGACAGACCAUGGGCGAACUGCCGGACGAACAUCAUGUGGUCAAGAAUGCCAUGAGCGAAAUCAUCCAGCUGGUGCAAAACUCACCAGACACGACGCUUCUUCAGCGCCAAGAGAGCAUGCAGAAGGCUUGGAGAGCCCUCAACAUGGGAAUGACCCAGCAGCUGUCGUACGUGUGUUCGUUGGUAUGCGUGGACCGUUUCGACACCAUUGCCGAAAAGACUGCAGCCAUGGAGUCGUCUCUUCAAGCUGCUGUUGCUGCUUCAGACUGUGUGUGGGCCUAUGUCAUUGGUCUGAAGAAUGAGGAGCUUCUACACCAGCUGGGUCAGCAGGACAAGUUAGACGGCCUGCAUAGAAACAUGGACAAGGUCAAAGGCUACGUCUCCAUGUUGAUAGAAGGUAAGUAUUAG